UAAAAAGUGCGAAGCAGAUUUUGUCGUAGUCAUAAUUUAUUUGAAUGCAAUUCUUGUACGAAUAUUUUUAUCAAAAUGUCGAGCCAUAUGGAUAAUGUGAGGACUGUUAUUGAUGGAACAGUAAAAGUACUGCAAACUUUCAAAUGGCUUUUGGAUUUGUACGUUUUGGAUUUCUUUGUUGAUAAUCAUUGGGAUAUGUUACCACAAUCUUGGCGAGACACUUUUCAGGAUAUUGAUCCACAAACCUUGGGAUAUUUGCUUCAAGAUCAUCCCACGAACCACAUGUUCCCUUUAUCCUUCUUAGCUCUUGUAAAAUUUGUUAAAAGCAUGAGUUUGCCAAGGAAGAGCACCUACCAGAGCUCUAAUAAAAAAGUGGACAUUGUUAAUAAUCAAAAAUUGAGAAAUAUGUUUCUAAAACAUGUGAAACUGAAGAAACGCCAUGAAAUAAGUCUGAUGGCUAAUGUUGUGAAUGAUGUGGCUAGGGCCAGUGGCUGUGAUGCUGUUAUAGAUUUUGGAUCAGGCUUGGGACAUUUGGUACGAAUGCUGUCAUACAAUUUUGGUCUGAAAACUGUUGGAAUCGAAUGUCAGAGUCAAUUGACUGAAGAAGCUAGAAAACUUGACCUAGAAUUGGAGUACACAGCAAAGAAAUAUGUCAAUAUUGAGAACAUAACCAGUCUUCCGAGACCCAUACAUUGCAACGAGACACUAUCCAGUGCUGAUCAGCUUGAAACUCUCUCAUUGAAGGAAACAAUUCACAACCACGGCCUUAUUGGCUUACACCCAUGUGGAAAUUUGGGACCUUUAUUACUAAAAUACUUUGUACAGUGUAAUAGAGCCCAAUUUAUUUGUCUUGUGGGUUGUUGUUAUAUGAAACUUAGUAGCGAUGGCUAUCCUAUGAGCGAAUAUGUGAAAGGGCUGGAUUGUGAACUGUCUUAUGCAAGUAGAGAGAUUGCUUGUCAUGCAAUUGAAUCAUACUGUGAGAAGCUUUGUAAAGGAGAUUAUAAUGAUUUAAAAGUACAUGCCUUCAGAGCAGCACUUGAAAGGGUCCUAGUGGACCAUGAUCCGAAUCUGCGACAUUCACCCAUCAGAAGUGUGAAACAUACCGACAAUAUGACUUUUGAAAGCUACAGCAAAGUCGCACUGGGCAGACUUUCAGUAACGACAAUGGACACUUCAAAAAGCACAUCCGACCUUGCUCAAUGGAAACGGGUAGUAGUACUAUACACUUUGCGACUUGUAUUAGCACCGUUGGUGGAAACUGUUAUAUUGCUGGACAGAUUGUAUUAUAUGAUGGAGCAUGGUAUCCACUGCGAAAUACACCCGGUAUUUGAUCCUAAUAUUUCUCCAAGAAAUCACGUCAUGAUCGGCAGAAAAAUGUUUACAUGAUUAAAAAAAAUGUAUACAAUUA